GAGUAUAAAAACACCGAACCGAGCCUGGACCUGCUUCAUUCGUUCGUUCGAGAGUGGUGGUGUUUCAGAGUCAGUCGUUUGAUCAAGUUCCGUCCGGAGACAGCAGUUAUAAUGCCGAAGAGAAAGGCUGAUGGUGACUCCAAGGUGGAUAAGUCAAAAUCAAAAGACGAGCCACAGAGACGAUCUGCUCGGUUAUCUGCUAAACCCGCACCUCCGAAGGCAGAGGCUAAAAAGAAGGCUGCUGCUCCAAAGAAAGCCGACAAAGCUCCUAAAGGCAAGAAGGGGAAGGCAGAUUCCGGCAAGGACAGUAGCAAUGCUGCUGAGAAUGGAGAGGCCAAGUCAGAUCAGGCACAAAAGGCAGAAGGGGCCGGUGAUGCCAAAUGAGUGAUGUGAAUUUUUGAUAACUGUGUACUUCUGGGUGACUGUACAGUUUGAAAUACUAUUUUUUAUCAAGUUUUAUAACAAUGCAGAUUUUUUUUGUUUUACUUUUAUUUUUAUGCUGUGUUAGCACACAAUGCUUUGUGUUGAGGGGGGAGGGGCAGGAAAUAACAAUCACCAUCCUUCAUGGCUGGACAAUUAUGAACUUAUGCCAAUCUGGUGUUCCCGCCACUAAUUUGGCACCAGUUAAUUUGCGGUCCGCCUCCAGUCAAAUUUGUUGACAGGCAGCUAUUGUUGCCCCCCUCACCUAUUGGGGAUUGAGCAGUCUAAGAACUUGGCAAGCCGGGGUGGUUUUUAUCUGGUUCUAUUUGGCAGGGGGGCAUACCGGUGACUCCAGAAUGUGAAAUGCCUGUUCCCCCCCAGCCUGCAGAUUCAUUUUAUGGCUUUUAUAGUGACUGGUGGUGGGGGAUUUAUGAAGUUGUUUUGUUAUGUUGUAGCUUGUCCUGCCUGAAUUGCAAUGACUGUUCAUGAAAAAAAAAUCUUAAAAUAAAGCUGGAAUCUGUUUUGACUCCAUCUAAAA